CUAUACAAAUUAGAAGCUAUGUUUCUGUGAAACACAUGGUGUAGGAGUGUGUGAACAGAGGGAUCCGGAUUUUCUGCUGCAGAACGCGACAUUUUUCGCUGUUAAUCAGAGUCAUGUUACGCCGCCAGGCUCGUCUACGUCGUGAGUACCUGUACAGGAAGUCCAUUGAAGACAAGGAGAAAACAAUUCAGGAGAGGAAACAACGGCUCAAGAGAGCACUCGAUGAGAACAAGCCCAUCCCGACAGAGCUGAGGAAGGAUGUAAAAGAACUAGAGAAAGCUCUCCAGUAUGACGACCUGGGAGCAGAAGCUGAGCAGGACCACAUGGAUGAUGAGUACAGGUGGGCAGGUGUGGAGGAUCCCAAGGUCAUGUUAACCACCUCCAGGGACCCCAGCUCCAGGCUCAAACAAUUUGCAAAGGAAAUGAGACUAGUCUUCCCCAAUGCACAGAGGUUAAACAGAGGUCAUUAUGAACUGGAGCAGCUGGUGGAGGCCUGCAGAGCUAAUGAUGUCACAGACUUUAUCAUCCUCACAGAGCACAGGGGAGAGCCAGAUGGAAUCAUCAUCUCUCACCUCCCACAUGGACCCACGGCGUACUUCACCCUGAUGAACACCGUGAUGAGACAUGACAUCCCCAACAUCGGCACCAUGUCAGAACAGUACCCACAUCUCAUCUUCAGCAACUUCUCAUCCAAACUCGGGGAAAGGGUGAAGAGUAUCUUGAAGUACUUGUUCCCAGUACCUAAGGAGGACAGUCGCAGGGUCAUGACUUUUGCUAAUAAGGAGGAUUUCAUCUCCUUCAGACAUCACGUAUACAAGAAGACUGACCACAAGAACAUUGAGCUGCAAGAAGUAGGACCAAGGUUUGAAAUGAGAUUGUACUCCAUCAAGCUGGGUACACUAGACCAGGUAGCAGCAGCUGACACUGAGUGGCAACUACGCCCCUACAUGAACACAGCCAAGAAGAGGAAAUUCCUAAGUGACUAAUGAUAUACUAGUACCUGCAAAGGGUAUAGAAACACUGAUAAUUUUUCUGAUCCCAUGUUUGUCUUAAGUGACCAAGUAGCCCACUGUCAAUUAAUGUGUACACUUUAUUUCCAUAUUUCAUGACAAUACAUCUUCAUAUACAAACUUC